UGCGCCUCCACUCGUCUAAUUUUCCAGUGUAGCCAGUUCAGUGAUUGUGUAAGGUAGUGUCGAGCAUUUCCGUAGUGUUUCGAGCGAAUAUGCGGGAUUUGGCCGCAAAAAUGGCCGAGUUAAAGUUCGAAGCACCCUUAGCGCAGUUCGAGGAGUCCGACGAAUGGGGCUCGACCGAGUUUCAGUCGUACAAAACGAAUGCGAAUGACAUGGGCACGAUCAACAGCAACAAGAAAGCCAAGGAUUUAAAUCAGGUGCUGAAUGAGCUGAAUGAGGACCUGACCAACAACUCCAACACGCUGGACCUGAUCACGACCAAGUCGGCCGUUUUGUUGAAAAACGAGCAAAACCAAUCACAGCACAACUCCAAUCUGGAGUCGAAUCAAAUCCACGUAUCGGACGACAAUUUCACCGAAACCUUUUCCGGUUCGCUCGAAGACUUGGUGAACACGUUCGACGAGAAAAUCACCAAGUGCUUCGGCAACUAUGAGGAAUCGGUGGAGAAGUUGGCUCCAGUUCAGGUGCGCAGCCAGGAGGAGAUCAUGAACGAGUGUCAAAUGUGGUGGACCAUUACUGGAAACUUUGGAAACAUUCUGCCCAUCGAUUGGUCCAAAUCCUAUGCGAGAAAGCUGCAAAUCGACUCGUUGCAUUUAGAGCAGCAACCGCAAUCUCCUGAAGACGAUCUGGAUUUGUCAUCCGAAGACGAGCAAGUGGCCAACGACUUGGACAUGCAUGCAUUAAUUCUGGGAGGAAUCCAGCAGGAUGCUGAGCCUCUAAAAACGGCCGAUGAGGUGAUUCAGGAAAUCGACGACAUGAUGCAAGAGGACGAGGCGUCCCUAGACGACAGUCCUCGCGACUCUUUUGAAAACAGCGAAGCCAUGGAAAAGGCUAAAGAAGUGCUGGCGUCGCCGCUCUACGAAGACAAAUUGCGCGAUCUCAGCCUGUCGCAGCUGAACGAACUGUUCUUGGAGCUGGAGGUGCUGAUUCGCGAGUUCUCCGAAACUCUCAUUGCAGAGCUGGCGCUCCGCGACGAACUGGAAUAUGAAAAGGAGCUGAAAAACACGUUUAUUUCCCUACUGCUGGCGGUGCAAAACAAGCGGCGGCAGUACCAUGUGGAGAGGAAGCGAAGUUCAAAGAGCAGCUCAGUGCGCACUCCAAAUGGACUGGACCCUAAAUAUCUAACCACGGUGAUACCGUAUCACAUAGACAAUGGCACCCCCGACAAUCAGACCUUGCAAAUUUUAAUCAAAAUCCUAAAGGCGAUCAACGAAGACAGCCCCACUGUUCCCACCCUUCUCACCGACUAUAUUCUAAAAGUUAUAUGUCCAACGUAAAUCCCAGUUAGCGCACAAGAAAAUCUCGCUAGUUUUCUUGACCACCACUAGAUUAAUGGUAGUUUAGGAGUAAGUAACAACAGAUAAAUUCAACUUUUUUCACCCUACAGCUCCUACUCCAACACCGUGCGAAUGUGGAGCUUUUGGGGCGACUUUAAACCGUAAUGGAAAUGAAUAACUGCACAACUUGCCCUCGUCGAUCGUUCCAAGUGUCAUAUUUGAAUCUAGUCUAACGACUUUGUACGAUAUUUGUAUAUUUUUAAGCGCCUGUGUACAUGGAUUUAAUUAAGGCUUUCUGUGAUUUUUAAUGGCGCCCGUUCUUCGGACGUUUUAAUUUAUUUCUGUGCGAUAUUCUAGCUUAAAGUGGUCGUUUGUAUGGCGUUUGCCGACAUCAUUUAUUUCGUCUUCGGUUGCUUAUUUUGAUGUACAAAGGUAAAAUCUGGCAAAUAUUUCAGUAUUGUGCCUAAAAUUUUCGCUUUCUUGCCAAUUUAACAGUUUGGUCACCGUGUUUAUCCUCUACUAGCUAAUGUCCAGUUGUAACUAAAGUUUUCAGUGUCCAAAUAUCUUACGUGUGGUCUGCGGACCAUUUACCUGUGUACCAGAUCUCAGAACACAAGAAAUGAUGUUAAAAACUAUUACUGCUUAAAUACAGAUUGAUAAUCAUUGA